UCACUUCCGCGCUGGGCUGUUUGUUUGGACUGGAGAAGGGAGGCGGCGGUCGAAGCGCGCGUCGAGCGGGGGAGCGGCGCUGCCUGUGGAGAUCCGCGGAGGCCGACCGGAUUCGUUGGCUGCCGACCCCGCUACCGUGCACUGGGUUAAAAACUACAACUAACGCCAACCAUGAAAGAUCCAAGUCGCAGCAGUACUAGCCCAAGCAUCAUCAAUGAAGAUGUGAUUAUUAACGGUCAUUCUCAUGAAGAUGACAAUCCAUUUGCAGAGUACAUGUGGAUGGAAAAUGAAGAGGAAUUCAACAGACAAAUAGAAGAGGAAUUAUGGGAAGAAGAAUUUAUUGAACGCUGUUUCCAAGAAAUGCUGGAAGAAGAAGAAGAACAUGAGUGGUUUAUUCCUGCUCGAGAUCUCCCACAAACCAUGGACCAAAUCCAAGACCAGUUUAAUGACCUUGUUAUCACUGAUGGCUCUUCUCUGGAAGAUCUUGUGGUCAAGAGCAAUCUGAAUCCAAAUGCAAAGGAGUUUGUUCCUGGGGUGAAGUACUAAAAUAUUUGAGUAGAUGGGGCCCUCUUUUGGUGGAUGUAGCACAAUUUCCACACUGUGAAGGCAGUAUUAGAAGACUUAAUUGUAAAAGCUCUCUCUUGUCACUGUGUUACACUUAUGCAUUGCCAAAGUUUUGUUAGUCUUGCAUGCUUAAUAAAAGUGCUGAGACUGUUAUUAAGUAAAAAAAGCUGUCAAACAUUUACUGAAAAUAGAUUUGGCCCCAUGGCUUGAUGUGAAGACAGCGAGGAAAGAAGCACCAGUCAAGUUGUAAGAAAGCACCAAAUUAAAUGACCUCCGAAUCUUAGUGGACUGUCUUUUUUGACGUUAAACCUAGACCCUUAUGGAUAACUAACACUUGUUUUUGUCAAAACUUUUUAAAAAAUUGAGUAAAACUUAAGUUCUAAUUGUUAAGCAAAUUUCUCGGUUCAGACUUAAUUUAUAUUUUUCCCCAUCAGAACUUUUUCUAAAGAAAGCUUGUUAAUUUGAAAUAAUUUCUUCUGGUCAAGUGUGUCUUUGUUACUAAGGUUACAAGGUAGUGGUCAUGAAAGAAUUCCUGACUUUUAUGGUAUGUUAUCAUGUGAGAAAUAUCAGAUUCUGCUCCUAAUGUUAGAUCUGAGGAAGUAUGUGAUUUGAGAAUUCUAAGGAAUUCACAACAUUGUAUCCUGUAUCAAGGCCAACUUUUGACCAAUCCAUAAUCCAAUUGAACAAAGAAAUUGUAAUAAUAUGAUUUGAGUGGUGCUUUUCCUUGCUUUGUUAACUAGCACUACAAUAGUCUGCAGCACAACUUUUCUUUUAACAAAGCUAGAACAGUUUUGGCUUCUUAAACUUCAUAUUUGAGUAGGUUAAGCUGCCAUACGUGUUCAGUGUGAAUAGUGUUUAAGUUGAAAAUAUUGUAAAAAAAUUAUAUUUUUUCAAAAAUAUUUAAAAAAAUAAAUAAUAGUAGAACUGA